CAGUGCACACUGCAGGAUCCAGAGAGGGUUUCAGGAGCUCUGAUCAAUGUGGCAAAGCACCUGGGCAACCUGAAGUUCAGAGUCUGGGAGAAGAUGCAGGAGACUGUUCAGUACACUCCUGUGAUUCUGGAUCCCAACACUGCAAAACGUACUCUUCUGCUGUCUGAGGAUCUGACCAGUGUAGGAUUUGCUGGUGAGGAGCUGCAGCUUCCUGCUAACCCAGAGAGAUUUGAUCACUAUGCCAGUGUGCUGGGCUCUGAGGGCUUUAACUCAGGGACUCACUGCUGGGAAGUGGAGGUUGGAGAGAAUCCAUGGUGGACUGUGGGUGCGAUGACAGAGUCUGCCCAGAGGAAUGGAGACCACACGUCCACAGCUUGUGAAUGGUGGUUUGUGUUUUUUAAAAAUGGUGAAUACGUAGCAAGGUCUCCACCACAGCCAUUCUCACUCCUCACAGUGAAGCAGAAACUCCAGAGGAUCAGAGUGCAGCUGGACUGGGACAGAGGAGAGCUGUCAUUCUCUGACCCUGAUAAUAACACACAUCUACACACUUUCACACAUACUUUCAACGAGAGAGUGUUUCCAUACUUGAAUAUACCUCGUAACAUCUUUCCUCUGAGGAUCUUACCAUUGAAGCCUUCAGUAAUAGUAUAGCAUUUCAGAUACAGUAGAGCUGAGUAGGCCAAUGAUGUAUACAUUGAGGGGAAUGAGAAGGUUCUAGGUCUUUCUAAAUCAGAAAGAGUGUCGUAAACAAUAAAAAUGGCUACAGAUGGCUUGCAUCAAGAAUGGCUUCUAAGAUACAGCACG